AUGAGCACGGUGCGUAUCAAGCGGAAGCACGUGCUCGACAGCGACAGCGAUGACGACGACGCACCUUCCGCUUCCGUCGCCGUCGCGUCCGUCUCCAACGGGUCCUCGGAGAAGGAGAACGCGGGCGUCGCGCCGGUAGGUCCUCCCGCGGCAACGGAAGCGACCGGUCAGAUGUUCAAAAAGCGCCUGACGAAGAAGGCCGCGUCCGCUCCGCCGCGGGAGGUUGUGGUGAUCGACGACGGGCCGGGGACCGCGGCGGCGGCGGCGGCGGACGACGACGUGAUCGUGGUGGACGACGACGACGACGCGCCUCAGCCUCAGCCUCGAGCGAACGAAGGGGACGACGUCGUGAUCGAGGACGACAUCGACGAGCCCGAUCAGGCGCUCGUGGAGUGCGCCAAGAUCUCCCGCAGGCUUCGACGCGCGCUGGGCGCCGACGACGACGCCAAGGGCAAGAGCGACGGCCCGCUCUCCCCGGGCGCAUUUCACGCGCCCGGAGGCCGGCGUAAGCUCGUCACCGCGCGGGACGUCGCGGCGGUCGCGGGCGAAGGCUCCCUCGCGAACGGUCUCAAGCCCUACCAGAUGGUCGGCGUCAACUUCCUCCUCCUCCUCGACGAGCAAGACGUCCCGGGAGCCAUCUUAGCGGACGAGAUGGGCCUCGGCAAGACCGCGCAGACCAUCGCCUACCUCGCGUGCUCCAGGGCGGCGAACCCGAGGCGCUCCAGGGACGAACCUGCGCUGGUCGUCGCGCCGGCUUCGCUGCUGGAGAAUUGGCGGCGCGAGCUCGCGCAGUGGGCGCCCGCGCUGCGCGUGGGGUUUUACCACGGCGCGCAGAGCCAACACGAGGUGCGGUCGGCGGCGGAGGCGUGGUCGUCGGGCCCUCGCGGGGACGGGCGCGUCGCGUCGGGCGGCGGAGCCUUCGACGUCGUCAUCGCGUGUUACUCGAUUUUCGAGAGGGACUCGUCGGACUCGAAGGAGAAGCGGGCGUGGCUCCGGUCGCUCAACUACUCGCACCUGGUGCUGGACGAGGCGCAUUUGGUGAAGAACCGGCAGACGCAGCGCGCGCGGCGGCUGGACGCCGUCGCCACCAAAGCUCGGCGCAGGGUGCUCCUCACCGGCACCCCGUUGCAGAACAACCUCGGCGAGUUGGAGUCGCUGAUUCACCUCGUGCUGCCCGGGCUGUUGGAGGAGGGCGCGCUGGGUGGGGAGGACGGGAACGAGGACGACGCGUGCGAGCUCGUGCGCGCGCACAGGCUGGCGAGGGUGAAGGAGAUACUGAGGCCGUUCAUCUUGAGGCGACUGAAAGAGGACGUCGCGAAAGAGUUGAUACCGAAGACGCAGGAGAAGCGCGUCGUUGAGAUGGGCGAUGCGCAGCGGCGCCAGUACGCCGCCGCGGUGGAGGCUGCGAGGAACGAGCGUCGCAGGGCGCGGAAUGAGGCGGCAUCCUCCAAGUCGUCGUCCGGCGGCGGCGGCGGAGGACUUCCUUCGGUUGGAGACGCCGAUUCCCCCGGAGGCGGAGGAGGGUCCCCGGGUGGGGGGCGUCUGACCAGCACCAAGGUCAAGGCGCUCUUCGUUCACCUGCGAAAGAUCGCGAACCACCCGCUGCUCGUCCGGGAGCGGUACGGCGACGCCGAGGUGGCGGAAAUCGUCGACGUGUGCCACAGGCGCGGGGUAUUCGGGCACGAGGCGCCGUUGGCCAAGGUGGAGUCGCACGUCCGAUCGUUGAGCGAUUUUGACCUCCACCAGCUGUGCGGGGAGCAGGGACACCUGUCGAAGCUGUGCCUCCCGGUUUCCGCCUUCGCCGAGGCGGCAAAGACGGCGGCGCUCGUCAAGUUGCUGGACGAGAUCAAGUCGAAAGGAUCGCGUCCGCUCAUCUUCAGCCAGUGGAAGAUCGUCCUGGACAUUCUGGAGUGGGUGCUGCGGUCACGCGGUCACGUCUUCGUCAGGCUGGACGGCAGCACGGAUGUCCACGAACGGCAGCAGAUUUGCGACGCGUUUAACCGGCCCGGGUCUGAGAUUUUCGCCUUUUUGCUCUCCACGCGCGCGGGUGGGCAGGGGCUUAACCUCACCGGCGCGGACACCGUGAUCAUCCACGACUGCGACUUCAACCCGCAGAUCGACCGGCAGGCGGAGGACCGGUGCCACAGGCUGGGACAGACGCGACCGGUCACGGUGCACAGACUCGUCACCGCGGGCACCGUGGACGAGCGCAUCGUGCAAAUCGCCGAGCGCAAGCUCGACCUCGACGCCGCGGUGCUCUCCGACACCAAAGCGAUGGCCGCGGAGGAGAACAAGGCGAUGCACUCGAUCAUCGAGGACCUCCUGGGUUGA